AUGAACACCCUGUUCCAAACCCUUCCCUUUUUGCCUUUUGAACCGGCAAAACCAUUCUCCGUACAUGAUCAAUUUCCUCACUUCUACUUCAACAACCCAUUAACUCCAGACCACCCUUCUCCGGAAACUGAUUUAUCUCAAGAAUACGACCAUCCUGCCGUUCUUGAAGGCAUCGCAGCAGUCGUCGGAGAAAGUGUUCUGUUCGGAAAGUCUGCAAACACCGCUGGUAAUCAAAUAGGUUCUGGUCUUGUGAAGGAUGGCGACAAAGAAAUGAAAUUUCAUGCGGUGAAGCACGGUUGCGGCGUGGAGAAGAAUUAUAGAGGGGUGAGAAAGAGGCCGUGGGGGAGGUGGUCGGCUGAGAUACGUGACAGGAUAGGACGAUGCCGGCACUGGCUUGGGACGUUUGACACUGCCGAAGAGGCGGCGCGUGCGUACGACGCUGCGGCAAGGCGACUAAGAGGAUCCAAGGCCAGGACCAACUUCGAGAUACCUUCGGUGUUCCCAUUGUCUACCACCACCACAUCCCCGACAACAUCGUCGUCGUCGUCGGCGGAAGGCAAAAAGAGAAAAUCAGGCAGCUCUACUACUAUCACUAACAAGUGUCAUGUGGUGACUUCGGUGGCGCAGCUGUUCAGUAGUUCUGGUCCGACGAAUGUAAAGAGGAAGAUGAACCUUAGUAGCAGGAAUAACAAUGGUGAUGUUGAAGUUGAUUUGAAUCUUGAUGGUACUUUGAACAAAAGAUCAAAAACUGUUUGUACCCUUUAUUAA